AUGUAUGAGUAUGAUCUGAAUGUCACUCAAUUAUCCAGGUAUGUAGAACAUCUUCUAGCAUUUAAGAAGUGGAGAGUGAAGAGGUUCAUUCGAGGAAUCAAAUCCUCGAUGUAUAUGGUGAUGAUCAAAGAGUGCCCUAGGAGAAAACUAUCAGCUUCAGGGGCAACUACUUCAGUUCAGCCUCUUAUCCAGGCACCAUCGAUGAGCCAGUCUGUUGCUUAUGGUGGUAGAGGUUUUGGUGGUCGUGAUCAAAUAGGUUGGGGUGCAGGAUGCUUAAGCACUAAACACAGUUGUUUCAGGAAACAACUCGAGAAGAAGCGGUGGGGAAGUGAGGAGGAAGAAAUUAGUGGAAACAGAACUAGGUAUUUUAGGCCUUUAGAGAUAGAACACGUAGUUGAUGAAAGUAGGGAGAGAUGCAGGAAUUUGGACAUCAAGUUUCCCAUCUUUAAUGAGCUUGAAGCUAUAUAUAGUCUUGCAAAGAUUGCUGAGGCUAAUCAAACAGGCUCUGGCUCUGUUCUCACAGGCGACCAUUCACCAACGAAUGCGGGUCUUUCAGUGCCAUCCAGUGCUACAAAUCGGCAAAAUGUUGGUGCCAACGGUGCUGCCAAUAAUGUAACUUGGGUUGAUCACGGGUCAGAGAAUUCAAUUGGAGAGGAAGCUUCAUUAAGAAAGAGCCAGAAGAGGAAGAGAAAGAGGAAAUUGAAGGAGAAAUUAAGUUAUAUGGCUGGGUUCUUUGAGAACGCGGUGAAGAAAGUGAUGGAUCACCAAGAAAUGUUGCAUAGGAAGUUCUUGGAAGUGAUUGAAAGAAUGGAUAGAGAGAGAACAGAUAGAGAAGAAACCUGGAGACACCAAGAAGCUGAAAAGCACAACAGAGAAGCCAUUUCUAGAGCACAUGAACGGGCUUCAACUUCAAGUAGAGAGGCUCAAAUGGUUUCUUACAUAGAGAGAAUCACGGGCCAAAGUAUCAAUCUUCCUAUUAGAAUGGCUCCACCAUUGCUGCAACCAGAAAUUUCAAAUGAGCCCAUCAAAGAAAUUACAUCUACAAAAUCUGACAGCCAUAGCAGAUGGCCUAAAGAUGAAGUUGAGGCAUUGAUCAAAGUUAGAAGUACAAUAGAGAUUAAAUUUCAAGAACCUAGCGUUAAGGGUCCUCUUUGGGAAGAGGUAAGUUCUUUAAUGAGUUCAAUGGGCUACCAAAGGAGUGCCAAGAGGUGUAAAGAGAAAUGGGAGAAUAUCAACAAAUAUUUUAGAAAAGCCAAAGAAAGUCCAGAGAGGAGGUCUCAGCGAUCCAAAACCUGCUCUUAUUUUAAUCAACUGGAUCAACUAUACUCGAGAAGUCUCAUUAACUAUCCUUCGAGCACUACUUAUAUGCCAUCACGUGGCAUUGAGUUUGACAUCGAAAAGCAAGGGCAUUCAGAGGUUUUAGAAGCCUUUGCUGUUGGGAAAGACCACCUUGCAACUAUAACAAAUCCCCCCGGUGAGAACAUAAAAGGUGCUGAAAUGGGCUCUUCGAGAUUUGAGUUUGAUGGUAUCGCUGACAAAAACGAAGAACUUGAAGAAGGAAGCAGUGAGCAGGAUAAAGAAGUUUACAAAGAUGAUAAGCAAGAUAAUGGCGAACAAGGAAAAGAUGACGGUAGUGGUGACGAAGAAAAUGAAAAUUGA